CUGCUGUUGCUGCUAAUUUGCAUUUCUACUUGAAUAAGUCGCUGAAAUUUCAGUGUUUUUGGCCUCUUUCUAUUCUUUGUUUCAUGUUCUGAUUUUUUUUCUUUUUCGAGCAUGAAGAUUGAAAGUUUGUUUAAUUCGGUGAUUUUGUUUUAGUAUAAAAGAACUGUCGGCUUUCGGUUGGUUCAAAGAAAUAGUUCUGCGUUCCCGGUAGAUGAAAGGAGGAUUCUUUAAUCAAAUACGGCAUAGUUAGCACCAAAAAUAUAGUCGGCCUCAAAGAACUGAUGCUGAAGACGCUAUAGAGUUCGAUGGUGUUUUUUAAUUUCGUUCAAGUUUGAAAUUUUAUGAAGCUUCAGGGAGAUUGAACUUCUGUAGUUGAUUGUGUUACUUUCUUCAUCAACACUGUAGCUACAGAUUCUAAUGUCUAAAGAAGAACAGAGAAAGCAUUAAUCUGUGUCGGAAAUUACUCCUAGCUAGCCAUUUCCAUGCUUGUAGUUAGCAUGUUUACACUCAGUCAUACAACUAGUUGCAAUUGAAAUAACAAUUAUAUACUUAUUAAAUUCUUAUAAGCAUGUUAGAAAAAAACCUAUGAACUUCCUGUUGCGUAUGAAACGAAUGCAUAGCUUUUCAAAUAUUUUACUCUCUCCUGGUGAAGGUUUUCAUGUAUCUCAAAUGAAAUGAAUGCAUAGCUUUUCAAAUAUCUCAUCUCAUCUCAAAUGAUAAUAAUGCUUACCCUUGUCCAAAUUGGUUGUCCACAAAUAAAUAGUAUCUCCUAAUGAUAAAACAGUAAAACAUUUCUUUUCUUCCCUGAACAGUCUGUUGUCAAUUAUUUGUGGAAGCAAGUAUGUUUUUGAUACUUUAUCAGACUGACAUGAAACUCUGUAAGUAAAGCAAGUCUCUGAUUUCAAGAUCUUCUAUUUGGUUUUUUUUGCUCAAGUGUAGACAUUUUGAUCUUCUAGCUUGGAUGUAAUUUUUUUUCUUCCAUUUGAUCAUUACUAAAGCUAAGGGGAUAUUGCAUUAGGCUCCGGUUUUCUAGCCGUUCAACAUUGGUCAUUUUAAUUGCUUUCAUGGUCUUAUCUGGAUUUUGUGGUCAUUUGGUCUCAAUUCUGGUUGAUGACUGCUUUGGGAAGGUAUGACUACUCUGGCUAUGGUCAAUCAACCGGAAAGCCAACCGAGUAUAAUACAUAUGCGGACAUUGAUGCAAUAUACAAAUGCCUGAAGGAGCAAUAUGGAGUGAAAGACGAGCAAUUGAUUCUCUAUGGCCAGUCUGUUGGCAGCGGCCCAACUGUUGAUCUAGCAUCUCGUGUCCCAAACUUAAGAGGCGUUGUCUUGCAUAGUCCAAUUAUGUCUGGUUUAAGAGUACUGUAUCCCGUGAAAAAGACAUACUGGUUUGACAUAUACAAGAAUAUUGACAAAAUUGGAUUAAUAAAGUGUCCUGUACUGGUGAUUCAUGGAACAGCAGAUGAAGUUGUGGACUGUUCUCAUGGAAAGCAGCUUGCGGAGCUUUGCAAACAGAAGUAUGAGCCUUUGUGGAUCAGUGGGGGUGGCCAUUGCAAUCUUGAACUUUAUCCCGAGUACAUAAAACAGUUGAAAAAAUUUGUAUUAACUCUUGGUAAAUCGAAGCCAGCAACAAAUGGUUCCGAAAAAGCACCUACUGAUAAUAUUAACCAGAGCAAAGUAAGUGAAGGCUCCACCAAAGACACAUUUGAGCUGCGGCCUGAAGUUUCAGAAAUUUCUAGGAACAGUUUAGAUAGUCGGCUUGAAAAGUCUAAGAAGCCAAACAAGCCUGAAAAGUCGAGAAUGAGCACAGACCGUUUUGAUAGAUUUAGGAGGAGAAAGGGUUUGGUCUGGAUGGAUUCCCUUCGCACUGUUUCUCUGUUGGGCAUUGUUAUUCUAAGCUUGAGUUUGAUGCACAUCCCAACAUCUUUCUGUCAGGAUCCCCAAUAUUUAGCCUGCGGUCGUGAGUUCCGUUGUGGAAACAUUGCUUUCGCAUAUCCCUUUUGGAUUGAGAAUGAACAAAGCUCUGCUUGCGGUUAUCCAGGUUUCCAGGUAACUUGCCAAACUAAUAUCCCCCGGAUUUUGAUCGGGCAAGUGACAUACCGAGUCCUAAAACUUGGGGGAACUGUUACUAUUGCAAGAGAUGAUCUGUGGAACAAUUUCUGUCCAACAUUUCUCAUGAACACUACUUUGGAUUUCAACAUCUUUAGUUAUUCAGACAGCAAUGAAAACCUCACGCUGUCUUAUGGUUGUACCUCUUCUGCUCCUGCUGCGGAGACAAAGCCUUCAAAUGAGUUUGUUUGUGUUGUAAAUGACACCACUUCUUCUAGUUUUUUCACCUCAACUAAUGUAAUUAGCUCCAACACAACCAACCCUCUUCCCCUUAAAUGCAAUAGUAGCAUAUUUGUACCAAUUCAUCAGACUGCUGCUAAGAAUUUGAAGGACACUGCAGCUCUAAGAGCUGCGCUGGCUGCUGGCUUCACAUUGCGAUAUGAAGCAAAUAAUACAAUCUGUAAAGGAUGCAUUCAGACUGGUGGGCGAUGUGGGUACAAUCAUGCUUCCAGUUCAUUUGUGUGCUACUGCUAUAGUGGUGCACAGGAUUUUGUAUGUUAUAAUGGUAUGUACUUCUUUUCUGACGCUUUGCCUUUACGGAAAUGUCGGUGGAUAUUUGGAGCAAUUGUGGUUGUAAUAAUUUACUACCUUGCAAAAAGAUACUCAUGGUUGGAGUCAAUAAUCUACUGGAAGUUGGAUGAAGAAGGCAACCUUCUUGUUCAGGAAUUUAUGAGGAAUCACGGAUUCAUUGCUCCCAAAUUAUAUACAUAUCCAGAAAUCAGGAAGAUGACCAAUUCAUUUGCUGAGAAAUUAGGGCAAGGAGGUUAUGGUUGUGUGUACAAAGGUAAGCUACCUGAUGGUCGUCACGUGGCAGUGAAGGUCUUGAAUGAAAACAAGGGGAACGGCGAGGAAUUCAUCAAUGAAGUUGCCUCUAUUAGCAAGACUUCCCAUGUCAACGUUGUAACUCUCUUAGGCUUCUGUUACAACAAGAAAAAGAGAGCAUUGAUUUAUGAGUUUAUGCCUAAUGGAUCUUUGGAUAAGUUCAUAUGUAAGAAGGAAUCAUCCCUGGAUACGACGAAGGAUCAUCUGGAGUGGAAGUUGCUGUUUAAAAUUACAGGUUGCAACACAAGAAUUGUUCAUUUCGACAUAAAGCCUCAGAAUAUACUUCUGGAUGCAGAAUUCUGCCCAAAGAUAAGCGAUUUCGGACUGGCUAGAUUAUACCAGAGGAAAGAGAGUCUUAUAAAGUUGAUGGAAGACUCAACUUUGACUUGUUUCUUGCACGCGAAAGAUGCAUCUCCUUCGCAUUUCUCCCCUGCUCAUUGUUCUUGCAUUAACUUCACAUAUCCUUUCUGGAAUGGGAGUGCUGGAAACCUUGUCUGCGGUUAUCCAGGUUUCCAGGUAAGUUGCCUAGCCGAUAUACCCCGGAUGACAAUCGGGCAAGUAAUAUACCGAGUUCUCUACCUUGAUUACCCUUUGAGAACUGUUACUGUCGCCAGAGAUGAUCUUUGGAACGAUACUUGUCCUGGAGUUCUCAAGAACACUACUUUGGAUUUCAACAUGUUUAAUUACUCUAGCAAUACCCAAACUGUCACUCUGUCAUAUGGCUGUAUUUCUUCUGUUCCUGGUGGUGGUGCCACAGCAAAGCCUGUGAAUGAGUUUGAUUGUUUUAUAAACGAUACAACUACUCGCAAUUUUUUCACAAGAAGUGAUGUAAUCAGCUCCAAUACAAACAACCCUCCUUCCUUUAAGUGCAAUAGUAGCAUACUUGUACCUGUAAAUCGGUCUGCAGCUCAGAAUUUGACUGCUACUGGAGCUCUAAGAGCUGCGCUGACUGCUGGCUUCACAUUGCAGUAUGAAGCAAAUAGUAGAAUCUGUACAAGAUGCAUUCAGACAGGUGGCCGAUGUGGGUAUAGUUAUGCUUCCAGUCUAUUUGUGUGCUACUGCUAUGAUCGUGCCUAUGAUUUGACAUGUCCUGCUUAUUCCGUACAGUUUAAAUUUCCUUAUGAAAGCGACCUGGAAUUUCUUGACCGACAAUUGAACUGCAACCCAACCAUGAAAGAGGUUUUUGUCUGCUUUUGUUGGCAACUUUGGUGUAAAACAGUGAUCAUCAUAUUCUCUGCUGGAUUAUUGUUUGGCACAAUACUGUUCUGCUGUCUCCGCAAAAGGAAAUCAUUGUGGGAGGCAGUGAUCUACUGGAAUUCGCAAAAAAAACAUAAUGAACUAGUUCAAGAAUUUAUGAGGAGGUACGGAUCCAUUGCCCCAAAGCAGUACACCUAUUCAGAAAUCAAGAAGAUGGCCAACUCAUUUAAGAACAAAUUAGGCCAGGGUGGGUAUGGUUGUGUUUACAAAGGUAAGCUUCCUGAUGAUCGUCAGGUGGCUGUUAAGGUCCUGAAUGAUAGCAAGGGAAAUGGAGAGGAUUUCAUCAAUGAAGUUGCUACUAUUAGUAGAACUUCACAUAUAAAUGUUGUCACUCUUCUAGGCUUCUGUUUCAACAGGAAAAAGAAAGCAUUGAUCUAUGAGUUCAUGCCUAAUGGAUCCUUGGACAAGUUCUUGUGUAAAAAGGAUUCAUCACAGAAUGCGACAGUGGAUCAUUUGGAGUGGAAAAUAUUGUACAAAAUUGCAGUUGGCAUUGCACGAGGUCUGGAAUAUCUACACCAAGGUUGCAACACAAGGAUUGUACACUUUGACAUAAAGCCUCAGAAUAUUCUUCUGGACGCAGACUUCUGUCCCAAGAUCAGCGAUUUUGGCCUGGCUAGAUUAUACAAGAGGAAAGAGAGUAUUUUAUCUACAAUGACUGCCAGAGGAACCAUUGGAUAUAUUGCUCCAGAAGUGAUUUUUCGAACCCUUGGAGGUGUGUCUCAUAAAUCUGAUGUCUAUAGUUUUGGAAUGAUGGUUCUCGAAAUGGUUGGUUUGAGAAGGAAAUCUGAGACUGACUCACAACAAACUAGCGAAAAUUAUUUUCCAGAUUGGAUAUAUGAGCAAGUGGAAGCUGGAAAAGACCUACCACUCGAAGAUGUAUCUAAUGAAGAGGAGGAAGAGACAGCAAUGAAGAUGAUUUUAGUAGGGUUAUGGUGUAUCCAAACUAAUUCAGCUGAGAGACCAUCAAUUAGCAAGGUGGUAGAAAUGCUUGAGGGUAACCUUCAAUCCAUACAAAUUCCACCGAAGCCUUCUCUAGAUCCACAAUAUUUGGCCUGCAGUGAACCGAACCAGUUUCCAGGAACUCUUAACCUUGCCAGAGAUGAUCUAUGGAACACAAAUUGUCCUACUUUUGUCAGGAAUACAACUUUGGACUUCACCAUCUUUAAUUACUCUAACAACACCAAACUCAUCACUCUGUUUUACGGUUGUACUAACUUGUCUUCCUUUCGUGCUGCUGCCUCCUCAAAGUCUCCUAACUUGUUUGAUUGUUUUGUAAACGGUACAACAACUUCAAAUCUUUUUUACCCUGUAAUGGAUAACGGAAUCAACCCUUAUGCUGUUAAAUGCCACAACCGCAUAUAUGUACCUGUUCAUAACGCUGCAGCUUGGAAUUUGACGGAUAGUCAAUCUCUACGAGAUUCGUUAACGGCUGGCUUUACAUUGAAAUAUGAAGCAAAUGGUACAAAUUCAAUCUGUGAAGGCUGCAUUCAGUCAGGUGGGAGAUGUGGGUAUAAUUAUGCUUCCACUUCAUUUGUCUGCUACUGCUUUGAUCGUCCCUACCUUCUGGCAUGUAAUGGGGGAACCAGGAGCAGGGGACGGAAGUUUCUGGUCAUUGGCCUUGUUGUGGUAGGCAAUCCUAUCAUUAUAUCUGCAGUGUUGAUCUUAAUUUACUGUGCCAAAAGGUACAAAUGGCUGAAAUAUGGAAAGUCGGACGAAGAGAGCAACCAUCUUGUCCAGGAAUUCAUGAAGAAUUAUGGAUCCAUUGCUCCUAAGCUCUAUAACUAUUCAGAAAUCAAGAAGAUGACUAAUUCCUUCGCUGAUAAAUUAGGGCAUGGAGGUUAUGGGUGUGUAUACAAAGGUAAGCUACCUGAUGGUCGUCUCGUGGCGGUAAAAGUCUUGAAUGAUGAUAAAGGGAAUGGCAAGGAUUUCAUCAAUGAAGUCGCGUCCAUUAGGAGGACUUCUCAUGUUAACGUCGUGAAACUUUUGGGCUUCUGUUACAACAAUGAGAAGAGAGCAUUGAUAUAUGAGUUCAUGCCUAAUGGAUCCUUGGACAAGUUCAUCCAUCAAAAAGAGGGAUCAUCAUCGCCUGAUGCGACAAAGGGUCAUUUGGAGUGGAAAUUACUAUAUGAAAUUACCAUCGGCAUUGCACGGGGAUUAGACUAUCUCCAUCGAGGUUGCAACACGAGAAUCGUCCAUUUUGGCAUUAAGCCUCAGAAUAUACUUCUGGAUGAGGAUUUCUGCCCCAAGAUAAGCGAUUUCGGCCUAGCUAGAUCAUAUAAGAAAAAGCAGAGUAUUUUAUCCACGAUGACCGCCAGAGGAACUAUUGGAUACAUCGCUCCAGAAGUAAUAUUCCCAAGCUUCGGAGGUGUGUCUCAUAAAUCUGAUGUUUAUAGUUAUGGAAUGAUGGUUCUCGAAAUAGUCGGCCUGAGAAGGAUACUUGAGCCUGAUUCUCAACAAAGUAGCGAAAACUAUUUUCCAGAAUGGAUAUACGAGCAUGUAGAAGUUGAAAAAGACCUACCACUCGAAGGCCUAACGAAUGAAGAGGAGGAAGAGAUUGCUACGAAGAUGAUCCUAGUGGCACUAUGGUGCAUCCAGACAAUUCCAGCUGACAGGCCAUCCAUCAGUAGAGUGGUCGAAAUGCUUGAGGGAAGCCUUCAAUCCUUACAGAUUCCACCAAAGCCUUCUCUAUUUUCUCCUGCAGAUAUGAAUUUAAACUUGCAGCAGUCUAAGGCAACAACAUUAUCAAGUUAUGAGGCAUAA